CUGCAAUUCCUCAGUUCAAGCCGGGCCCUGCGGAGCGACACACAUUGUUAUUAUUAGCAUCACAACUACCAUCCCAUCGUGUACUAUCACCAUUGUCCGUCGCAUUCUGUUCGUUCUCUGCACUGCACAUGGGCAAAUCAAUCCAUGCGCGAAUAACGAAUAUGAAUUGAAUCGUCCCUCCAAGGAGUGUGUCACGAAUCUCUCAGGGUGAAUUGAGUCUCCAAAGGACCACCCAUGUUUCCAUCCAUGCCCUUGGUGCAAUAUUAUGGUAGUGACUGCUGGUGCCUCAAACAGUGCCAAUGAAGAGCUGAGGGGCGGAACUCGAGGAGUGUUCAAUAAUAGAAAAGUGCUCAAUGGACAAAUCACGCCAGGACAAAUCAUGCUAAAUCCCAUGGGAACGGAGACUGGCUCCGGUGAUCAAGAUCAAAUCACACAGAAGGCCAUCAAGGAGCGGCUCUCAGCCCCAGUGAACGAUACAGACAUUGGUCACCCUUUACUUCCUCUCACAACUAGACCUCAAACCUCAAAGAAUGCCUCUUUGGUUGACUGCAACACCAUGGAAAAUGGGCUAACCACUACAUCAUCAUCUAACCACAAGAAGAAGUGGAAAGAGCAUCCGGAGAACGAAAGAGAUGCCGGCUCAACGAAAUGCUGUUGUGGUCUGGCUCGUUUCCGCGGGUUGACCUCCCUCGAAAAGUGCCUGUGUUUGGCCUUGGCCAGCUGUCUCGCAAUCUUGGUUAUCUUCAUUUUGCUCACGUGUGUCGGCUUUCUCCGGUCCAAUGGUAGUGAUACAAUUCACCAUUCCCUGUACUCAUCAAACUCAUACAUUCAGACAAAAGACGGUCAGAAAAUAUGCCUUUCAUCUCAAUGCGUACAAACAGCGUCGUACCUGCUUGGAGCCAUGGAUCGCACUGCCGAUCCUUGUGAAGACUUCUUCCAAUUUGCAUGCGGAACCUGGAACAGGAAGCAUGUGAUCCCCGAGGACCGAUCCUCCAUUUCGACUUUCGAGGUUCUCGCUGACCAACAACAAAUCAUAUUGAAAGGGAUUCUGGAGGAAGUGCCCAACGACUUAGACAAUGAGGCCACCACAAAAGCCAAGUACUUUUAUCAAUCCUGUAUGGACAUGGGGGCCAUAUCGGAUGUCGGGGAUGCUCCCUUGAGACGGGUUAUCGAGGAAUUAGGCGGAUGGCCAGUAACUGAUCCGAAUUGGUCCGAGGAUGAUACGCUGCCCUUGGAAAAGAUGUUGGGGAUACUCAAGCGGAACUUCACCCUCGGGGUUCUCAUUGAGGAAUGGAUUGGGCCCGAUGAUCGAAACUCCAAGCAACACAUCAUUCAGAUUGACCAAAUGCAAUUGGGUUUGCCCAGCCGAGACUACUUUUUGCAUUUGGAUUCAUACCGGGAUUUGGCAGCCUAUCAUCAAUACAUGACGGAUGUGGCCAUUCUGAUGGGGGCCAAUGAAACCAUUGCCCACGACCAACUUUGGAAAGUGGUCGAAUUUGAGCAGCUCUUGGCUAAUAUCUCGAUUCCCGAAGAGGAUCGGUUGGAUACGGGCUCCAUAUACCGACAAUUGUCCUUGAAUGAGCUGGCCACCGAGGUUCCCAGUCUUGAUUGGAACAUGUACUUUCAAGAAGUGCUCACCGAUCUACCCUUCAAUGGGUCCGAGAAAGUGGUCUGCUACUCCAUGCCCUAUUUCAAAGACCUUGGCGAUCUGCUCCGAGAAACGGAAACAAACAUCAUACAUAAUUACGUCAUCUGGAGGUUGGUGAUGGAUCUCAUGCCCCACAUGCCGCCAGAAUACGAGGACACGCGUGCAGAAUUUCGUCGAGUACUUUUAGGUGUUCUCACGGAUCGGAAUCGAUGGAACCGAUGUGUGGAAUGGACCAACAAAAAACUGGGAAUGGCCGUGGGUGCCCUCUUCAUUCGGGAUAACUUCAACCAUGACAGCAAGGUCACGGCCCUGGAGAUGAUCCAUGAUAUCCGGGAGGCCUUCAACGAGCUCUUGGAGGAGAACGAAUGGAUGGACAAGGAGACUCGAGCUGUAGCCAAAGACAAGGCCAAUGGAAUGAACGAACGUAUCGGUUACCCGGAGUACAUCACUAACACAACUCGACUCGAGGAGGAAUAUCAAGACCUGGAGAUUUCUCAGGGAAUGUUCCUCCAGGAUUUGUUCAACAUUUUGGCCUUUGAAGGAUCUCGAAUCGUUGAGAAACUGCGGCAACCCGUGGACAAGGACAAAUGGGCCACCGAGCCCGCAGUCGUCAAUGCUUUCUACAAUCCCAACAAGAAUGACAUUGUCUUUCCAGCCGGAAUUCUUCAGCCUUUGUUCUACAGUCAGCAUUUUCCCAAGUCUCUCAAUUACGGUGGGAUUGGCGUGGUCAUUGGACAUGAGAUAACACAUGGGUUUGACGACAAAGGGCGGCAAUUCGACAAGCACGGUAAUUUGAAGCAAUGGUGGAACAAUCGGACGAUCGCCGAGUUCCGCACGGCCGCCCAAUGUAUCAUCGAUCAGUACACGGACUAUCAGCUCGAAGACGUCAACUUGAACAUCAACGGCAAAAUGACUCAGGGAGAAAACAUCGCCGACAACGGAGGUCUCAAACAAGCUUUUCGGGCGUACAAAAAGUGGGUGGCCGAGCAUGGCGAGGAGGCUCUUUUGCCCGGCUUGAACAUGACCCAUGACCAGCUGUUCUUCUUGAACUAUGCCCAAAUUUGGUGUGGAUCCAUGCGACCCGAGGAUGCCGUCACCAAGAUCCGAUCUUCCGUUCACUCUCCAGGACCAAUCCGCGUACUGGGACCCCUUUCCAACUCAUGGGAUUUUGCAGAAGCCUUUCAAUGUCCAGCUGGUUCCCGAAUGAACCCGGUGGAAAAGUGUUCGGUCUGGUAAUUUGAGAAAGAUCUUCCACGCGAGGAAUGGAAUGAAUGCUCUAUUUUCUGAACUCUUAUGUGCAAUGAAUGAAUUGUGAAAUAAAUUGCAUUCCCACAUAA